AUGGGCAUUCCACAACGCCUGCUCGAAGCACUGCGAGCCUCAGGCUACCGCACCAUUGCAGAUCUAGCAUUCAGCCUGCCAGAGCAGCAUUACCUCGAUGCAUGGCUAACUGCACAGCCCCAGGAACUCUGGGACGAACUGCAAGUUCAGGAUACCGCCUGGAGCCCCGUGAUCGGGAGACUCCGCCGCACAUUGGCACGAUGCCAAACCAUCACCUCAGGCACCGGCCCGGCCAUCAGUAGCCAAGACUCUGCACCUGCAACCAGCGCCACUCGCAAUGCGCACAUUGCCGAGAACGUCUGGGCCGAGCAUGACUUGGCAACCACUAAAGGAGACAAGAAGAUAUGCCUGCGCUUCAAUAAAGGCACCUGCAACAACCCCAACUGCAAAUUCCUGCACAUCUGCGGGGUAAAGCAGAGCAACGGGGAGCCGUGCGGCAAGAAGCAUGCAGCCUGGCAACACCGCGACGCGCCGCCUCCGCCCUCCACCUGCUCAGAGGCAUCCGCGCGAGAUCCUGAUGCGGCUACACCCAGCACCACUGCAACCAUGCCACGCCUAUUCCUAGACCUUUUUGCGGGCACGACCAGCCCGCUUACAGCAGCAGCCAAAGAGCUCAACCUGGACAGCAUCGAGCCUAUUGACGCACUCGCUAAUCCUAAACACAACGUGCUCGAUGAUUGCUUUUAUGCAAUCCUGCAAAGGCUAUGCUGGUCAGGCCUAGUCUCCUUCAUUUGGUCCGCGCCGCCCUGCGAGCAGCAGCAACGCGUCGACUCCAGCGCAGAGAUCCAUGCGCGCAGCCGCGCACUCAUCCGCGCCGCCACCGCUAAAGGAGCGGAUGGCGGUUUCGAGCAACCAGUCGACGCCAUGUCCUGGCUUGAGCACGACAACGUCCAACUGCUGUGCGAACUCAACGCCACAUGCGCGCACGUUGCAGCCUGCGCACACGGCUUGAACAUCCACAAAGCAUGGGUGUUUUGCUGCACUCUCAGGGAAACCGCAUCCCUUGCCUCAGUCUGCAAACAUCACCGCGAUGAGCACACCUCCGUUUGCAACAAGAGGGACUCCUCGGGAGCAUUCAUCAGCUCCACAACUGCAAAAUACCCCAGCACGCUUGCAAAAGCACUGCUGACGAUUGCGCAACCUCGCAUCAGCUCAACCGGGCUCCACAGCAUAUCACUACAGCACGCUCUGUCCUUGCUGCCAGUCUCCAUGCCGCCUCAUCCCCGCAUUCUAGUCUGCGACGGGUCAGGACAGAACAGCACAGCAGACCACUCCCUACCGUCCAACGACAAGCGCAUGUCCAAGCUGCGCGAAGCCUUCAUGUCCUACGUUCAGGACAACAACCUCAUGCAGCAAUUGGCAACGCACCUGUCACAGGCAAAGGACACGCAUCCCCUGUCGGAAAAACAACAGUUAGACCUGGCCUGCCUAGCCCAUGCAAUCGUGCACCCUGGUUUGGACGUGGCUCGCCAACAGAUGUUUGCAGUGGGGCUUGGCGUGGUCAUGUCUUUGUCGCUUUUCACGUUUUUGUUGGAAGAUUGUGACAUGCGCGUCCUUGUGAUUGCCGCCAUGAACGGAGCCAUCUACAAGAGGAUUUUUGUCAUGCAGACUUCAGAGACGGAGCAAGAGCUGGACCAACGCUGCGUCGAGUUGCUGGAGAUGCUCAGGGACAUGCCUUUUCAAUGCAUUGCCGUGGUCUCCCACACAGGUUUCUUGUCGCGGCUGUUUGCAGCACAUCUGCACUGGCGUGAGCCCAGUGCGUUUGCCAACGCGGAGCUUCGAUCCGUCGUUGUCCAGUGGCCACAGCCAACGACCAGCUGCGUUGCUUUACAUCACGAUAAUUCCUUUGACGGGAGCGGUAGCAAGGGCCUGGGCUGGGUGCGGACGGUUCGGCCGGUGACGGUGCGUGCUGGCCGCUCGAAGCGCCACGAGCCCCUGGGUACAAUACCGCCAGGAGAAGAGGUGUAUGUGGCAGACAUAGCAGGCAAGCGAGCGCAAAUCACAUCUCCCUAUGUGGGUUGGAUUUCAAUACGGACACCCGAGGACGAGGUGACAUCAGGUUGGGCGAGGGCUCUGCGCGAAGUCAACGUCCGCCAGGGUCGUGAAAAACGCUCCGAGCUGAUGGGCACCAUCACAGUGGGCACCCGUGUUUUCAUCCAGGAUGUGCAGGGCACCCGAGCUGAAAUACGGAAGCCUUUCCAGGGCUGGAUAUCUGUGCUGACACCCGACCGUGAGCCCACCGUGAUGCAGGAGCUGGAGACCGAGAUUGCUGCGUCGAGCGCACGUCCGAGAGCCUCCACUCAGACUUCAGAUUCGAGCAGUGACAAUGAGACCAGCACGAGCGAGGCCAGCAGCAGUGAUGCUUCCUCGCGACAGCCAGCUGCAGUUCCGGUUCCUGAGCAGCGCAAGUUGCCAGAUGCCGCGCCUGCCGCUUCCUCGAAGGUGCCAGCGAGGCCCGGGCCGCCUCAAGACGCUGCUUCGAUGCCUCCAGCGCAGGAGCCGAGCAGCAGCAGCGCGAGCAGCGGAGCGGGGAGUCGAACUGACAGCGGCAGCAGCACGAGCAGCAGCAGCAGCAGCAGCAACCAGCUCCAAGCGCCAUUGGCAGAACCUCUUGCAGAGGCUUCAAAGCAUGGAGCAGUGGAGCAUGAAGCGGAAGUGGCUCUGCCAGCCGGAGUAGGCUGGUGGUGGACGCACCUGAAGGCCAUCGUCUGCAAAGGUGAGUCCCGGCUCUCCGAAGUCGCCGGCCACAUCCCAGCGGGGAAGACGGUUUUCGUUCAAGAGCUCAGGGAUCAACGCGCCUUCAUCCGAGAGCCCCUGGAAGGCUGGAUUCAGAUGUUGUCGCCCAGUGGGAAGCCGAUCCUGGCGAUGGAGGCACCUGCGAUCCCAGACGAGGAGCCAUCACUCCACAUUGGCGCGAGCCGCGACUUUUCCCGGGAUUCCAAGGUGGUACCUGCCCCUGGCAGCCUCCAGUUCAAGAGGCCCAUACCAAGGGGGCGCAAAGUGACGGUGCAGGAUGCAGUGGACCUGCAGGCUGCGACCGAGCUUGGGUCAGGAACGAAGGAAAGGGACGACGAAGUGCACUCAGCUGCUCCUGGAAAGGAGGGUGCUUCUAGCCGUCCUAGCCUGACACAGGCAGAAGCGCAAGCUCCGGAUUCGGUUGGGGAAGCAGCAGGACAGCCUGUUGAAGUUCACGAUGCAGCAACGCCUUCGAAGCGUGCUGCAGCCAGCCGAAGCAGAAGCAGCGAAACGAGCAGCUCGCAAUCCAACCGAACCAGCACUUCUAGCACUUCUGGUGCAACGUCCACAAGUCGCAGCUUUUCGAGGUUAGGGGGAAAGGCCGAGUUGGCCCCCGAGGACUCUACUUACAAAUCCACGGAGAAGCCCACGGAGGAGGCCGCGGAGGGGCGAAGGGAUACGAGCCCAGGGACAGAACGGGCCACUGAGGACGGAACGGAGGAGGCCACGGCCAAACCCGUGGAGGUUGCGGAACAGGCGGAGCCAAAGCAGCUGAAGCCCUCCUCCAGGUCAUCGGUACUUGACACUCAUUUGCACCAAGAGCCGGCAAGGUCGCAGGAGUCUCAACACGAGUCUCAACAUGAUCAACAUGGCACCGUGGGCACUGUAGGCACGGUGGGCGGGCCAUGGGAGCUGUCGGAGAAGGAGCAGGAAGUGGCCAAAGGCACAAGAGACCAAGUUGAUCAAGGGAGUCCAGAACCCGACCUCAAGCCCGGCGGGGCCCCGCAUGUUCAAAGCGGGUCCCGGGUCGAUGAACAGAAAAAAGUGAUCCUUCUAGAAGCAAGCAAUGAUUCCUCUGACGUGGCCGAGGGCUCUAGGAUGUCUGGUGUGCAAGACCAGCAAGACGCGGGCAGCAUCCAAACCUCAAGUAUCGUGUGGUGGCCCGAUGAGGUAAUUUCGGCGGACCCGCAACAGCCACUGGAUGUGCACAGCCACUUGCCAGUCGAACAGCCCGAUGCAACACCCGAGGCCUCCGAGGCGAGUCCCGUCUUCCAGGCGAUCCCCUCGCAACAUCGCCAGCAUGGGCCCUGUCAGGAGCAUUCAGAGACUGAGCAUGUGGAGCCGUCAAGGCAGCGAGAGUCGCAAGAGUCGCAAGAGUCGCAAGAAGAGGCGCGAGAGGUUGAGGCAAGAUCGAAGGCAACUGCAGAGAGUACGCUUCCAGAGCUGGCUCCGGUGACUCCGGCUGCUGAUUCAGUGCACGAUGGAGUGGGCCACUGUGCACAGGCCCACGACCGCACCGCCCCCGCCGCCUCGGCCACCGCCUCAGCCGCUGUUGCCGCCGCUGCUGACGGUGCCGCCGCUGACGCCGCCCCCGCCGAUGACUCGUGCCGGAGCGCAGAGCCCAGACAAGCCUCGCCGCUGCAGACGCAGACGCCCGAAGUCGCGCGAGAGGAUUCCAAGGUCGCACGACUGCCCAUCGAGCCGGCGGACAGCUUCGUGCCCAAGAUGCUCGAGCUGCCCGAGGUGCCCCACACCCUGGGCAUUGGCCUGAACUGGGAGCUGGCAGACUCGCGAGGUGUAAACUUCAAACUCCCCAAGCAAGAAAGCCUGCAACAGCACAUCCUCAGCUUUAACGGCAACCUCCUUGAGAAGCCCGACCACAGCGUUACAGGAGCAACAGCUGGAGUAGCGGUGAAGCCGCUCAAAGAGUGGCACAUGGGUACAGAGGCCGCGUGGGUCGCAGAGUCGAAGCUGAUGCUGAGGCUUACUGCAGUGUGCAGUGCCGUCUCGCCGGAGGCCUUGCAGUCUGCCUUGGCCGAGGUGGCUCUGAAGAAGAGCUCUGAGUACAACUGUUCGGUGAGCGUUGCUGUCCGUACGCCCGCCGGGUCUGCGCAGGCAGCCGCCGGGAUCGUCAACUUCGAGGCGGGCCAGAAGGCAGCCACAGCAGACCUGUAUGCAUGGGGAAGUGUGACGAAGAUGUUCACGGCCGCAUCAAUCAUGAAGCUGGUUGCGGCUGGUGUCUUCCGGCUCGAUGAUGAGAUCGCCCCACUAGUGGACUCCGUGCUUGCAAAGAUGGCAGCGAAGGAUCCCAAGCAGAACUUCACCAGCGUGGAACAGCUCUGGGGCGUAGCUGCCGCAAAGACCACCCUGCGAGAGCUGUUGGGCAUGAUGUCCACCAUACCUGACUUCGAUACAGCGCAACCAGCCAAGACCGGCAUCUCCAAGGACCCCCUGCGAGCUCAGCUCUACCGCGAGGCGGACCAUUUCUAUGAGCCAGCCGAGCUCAUGAGCGUGCCUUGGGUGGCUGGACACACCAAGGAGUGCGCCUCACACUUCAUCAUGGGCAAGUUUUGCUACAGCAGCACCAACUUCAUGCUCCUGGGCUUAGCGCUAGCCCAGCAUGCUGGUGUCGAGCGGUGGGCAGACCUCAACCAGACGCAGUUCCUGCCAGACUACCUUCAAGGACACAUCCGCUUCGCCAACGCGGGUACUCCGAAGGACAUCGGAGCAGUUCCAGGAUACGAUCGGACUUCGUACAACAGGGAGCCGGGGAAUCUGAGUAACCACAACAACUGGGAAGUGGACGGCGUCUUCGCGGGCUGGACCGCCAGCAACGUUGUGGCCACCUCGGAGCAGAUUGCAGACUUGGCCUGGGAAAUUUGGGGGCCGCCGAGCAGCGUAGCUCCCAAGGAGCUCACAGAUCUGAUGAUUCCGAAACCUAUGCACAUCUAUGGGCUUGGAGCUUUCAACGUUGGUCUCUUUUCGGCUGGACAGACCGGAAAGCUAGGUGUUGCCUAUGGGCACCUGGGUGCCACAUACGGAUAUCAAAGCAUUGUGGGCUUCUUUCCAGAGCUCAAUAUCUCGCUAGCCUUGGCGACGAACAUUGAGACCGACAAGCAGGUCCAGACCCCUGAUUCGCUGUGCUUCUCAUACAAUGCGGUGGCAGGCUUGCUCCUGAACAAGACCUUCAACUGCUCCUUCAAAACAAUGGGCUACUAUGGCGGACAGUGCAAGUGCUCGGAGGUCUCGGAGCAGGUGCUUCAAGAUGUGCCAAGUCUGAGUUCGCCGUUUCACCGCUUUUGGGUGGGGCUCUUGAGCGUGCCCUCGCCUGUGCCAAAGAUUGUGCGCCCUGAGAUGUGCUUCGCACCCAUCGAAUCCAACAUGGCACCCAUCGAAGCAGUGCUAGUCAAUGGUCAGAGUAACGACAUUGUCCCAGAAUACUUCUGGUCGUGUGAGCAUGUUGCAGGUAAAGCCGAGAUAGUCAAAGUUCGAUUGUAUUGCUCGGUGGACGGCGAAGGUCCCAAAGCCAUGCGUCCUACCCUUGCCAUCAAGCUCCCUCCGCGCAGCGAGUGGUGGGUCCAUGAGAAGGAGGCCUCGGAGCGCCGCGUCGAGGCCUUGGAGGCCCGGCUCCGCGCAGCGGAGGCCGCCCAGGACCCCGCGGUGGACUGGAACCUGCUGCGCUUUGAGGACAUGCUGGAUCCUCCGUCCGAGGUUGCCAUCGAUACGGGACCUGAAGGCAGCCUUCCCAUUCCCACGAUGGAGCGGGCAUUCCACGAAGCCACGAACCUAGAAGCGGCAGCCACGGCGCUAUUGCGCCAGGCGGCCGACGAGGAGUGGUCUCGUCCACGGGGUGCACCAGCCUCCGGGCACAUGUACCCGACCACGGAUGAUGAUUGGGCUGCAUCCCUUCUCUCACCUUCCAGCCGCAGGACCGCUCCGAAGGCUGAAUUCCCGGAGGCUCCCGGCUUCGCCCCAGCUGGCUCUGCAAAGGGUGAAGCGCCACGGGCUGGGCCGAUCCCAACGUGGGUAUACCGAGGAGUCCCAGGCAAAGCGGUGCCACCGCCAUUGCCUGCUGCCCCAGCAGUCGAGACGACAGGAGCCGAGCUGGGAGGAGGUGCCAGGAUGCCUUUCGAAGCUUUGGAUGAUCAGCUCCACCACCUCCUCGUGUUCCAGGAGCAGCAGCUUCAACGCCAGAUGCAGCUCCAAGAGUACCAGUGCCAGCUCCAGGAGAUGCAGCUGCAGCGGCAGGAGCAGCAGCUGGAGGCACAACAGCGCGAGCGCGAACGCCAGGAGAGCCUCGAGGAAUUGCGAAUCUCAGACCUGCAGCUCAGUAUCAUGCGCCUAGGGGACCACCCCUGUUUCAGGGGUGUGCGCAGGUUAAACGGGGUAAAGCCUCAGACAGCGCCCAUGAAGCAAGCUCGCACCUAG